AGUGAAAGUAGAAAGUGAAAGUUGUAAAAAAGUAAACAAACCAUGAAUUGAAAUCAACAGAGGAAUAUUGAAAGGAAAAGAUGGCAGAAGAAAACACAGAAAACAAGAGUACACCAGGGAUAGGAAUGAGAAUGACUAUUUCUAUGAUCAGUAAAAAGUUUUCUAAAGCAGCAAACAUCAGUACAAAUACUCUGUCUGAUUGGAUGAGGAAGGAAGAGGAGGCUCAGAAACUAGUUUUACUUGACUGUAGACCAGAGGAAGAGUAUGUCGUCAGUCGUAUACCGGGAGCCGUUCGAGUUGACUAUGAGAACGAAGCAGAAAGUAUUCUAGAGAAAAUACCAGAUGCACAGACUGAUAAAAGUGCCCGUAUAGUAUGUUAUUGCGCAGCUGGAUACAGAUCAAGUUUGGUUGUUGAAAAAAUACAGGACCAUUUCAAAAAGUUGGGUACCAAACCUCCAUGGGAGAUGUAUAACUUAGAAGGAAGUAUAUUCAAAUGGGCAAAUGAAGGUAGGACAAUGGUCGAUGUUAAUAAUAAAAGGACCCCAUUUGCUCAUCCUUAUAAUGCUGUGUUUGGUAAAUUACUGGAAAGCCAUUUAAGAAGACAAGAUGCACGGGAACAAAAUGAAGAAAAAAUACGCGUAGAAGAAAGCCAUUAGUAUCAAGUUUGAUAAGAAUGUGAAAAGAAAUGAAUCAAGAAGAGAUGAAAAUGUGAAGAAAGGAUUACAAGAUAAAGUAAAAGCAAUGUUUUACGGUGAAUAUAUCAUAUUGGAAAUGCCUGAUAUUGGAUUAAUCUCAAUAACAUUCCAUUGUGAUAUUCAAAAAUUUCUGUUUGCUCAUGUACAUAUUUUACAGUUAAAUAUAUUUAUAAUUAAUGUUGUAUAAAAAAUAUUUCCGUCCUUUUAGUCUGUUAGAUAUCAUAUUUGUGUAGUUUGAUGUUAUUCAAAAUACGACCAAAAGUAUAUUUUGUAAAUCAAUUUUUUUCGUACCUUAAAUGUUGGUUAGUACAUAAAGGACGAGUCUUGAACGAACUUUAAAUAGGCUGUAUUGACUUCUUCCAUUGCAGAUGGAAAGACUUUGUAUAGUUUGGAUAGUUCAGAACAAGCUGACUGCAUCAUACCAAAAAUCCCAACGAACUGACUACACCUAUAUCAAAUAAUUCCAACAAACUGACUACAUCUAUACAAAAUACUUCCAACGAACUAACUACAUCUAUACCAAAUAAUUACAUUGUAAAACUAUAUGAAAAUUAAAUGACAAUAAAGUGUUUUCCCGUUAAGCCAUUUCCAUCACAUUGAGAGUAAAACGUAACUUGGGAGAAAUCAUAGCAAGAUGUAAUACAAAAAUUAAACUACACGUCCAUUCUUUCUAUAUCUGUAGUUAAAAUUAAAGAAGAAAAACAGACAAAGAAAAUUGAAGAAAAGACACUACAUUGAACACUACACUGAAAACUGAAGAUUGAUCAACGCAAAGUCAAUUCCACAAUAACCGAAGUGUUAUCAUAUAUACAAAUCUUGCUCUACAAUUUUCACCCGUCAUGUUGUGUCUGAAAAGUUGAUAGCUUUCAUUACAUAAAUGCUUUAGUCGUUUUAUUUAGCAGUGGUUAGAUUGAGAGAUAAAAAAGAGUUGUACCGGACUUCUUUAGAGUUAAUUUGUUGGACUACUACUAAAAUGCCACAGUAGAAUUGAUGAAUCAACUAAAGGUCAUUGGUUAUGUUUCUGAUAUGCUACAUAGAAUAAAUCUACCACAUACGGAAGUUAGAUAAUUAUACAAUGUUUGGAACUCUCCAUCGAUUGAAUGUCACUCAGUUUGGAAGUUAAAUGUUAUUUUGUUUACCCAUUUUGAUCCAGCUGUCGUCUCUGAGUGUGACUGCCGAAAAUAGACCCAGAAAUGCGUAUCAAUAUAAAAAAAAACUCCCCAAAGAUACCAGGCUUAUAAUUUAGUUCGUCAGACGUGCUUUUCGUCUUCAUAUGACACAUUACUGUCACUCGAAUCAAAAUAGAAAGGAGAUAUCAAUUUCGAAAUUAAAGAGCAUUGAAAAUGAAAAAUUCAAAAAAAAGAGCUAAAUCUGUCUUAUUUAAUCUAUUCCUGGCAGUCAUUGCACUUACUAUGCGGUAUGGGCUUUGUUCAUUGUUGAAGGUCGUACGGUGACCUAUAGUUGUUAAUUUCUGUGCCAUUUGGUCUCUUGUGGAGAGUUGUCUCAUUGACAAUCAUACCACAUCUUCUUAUAAGUCUGAAAUAGUCAUAGAUUCUGGUACUGAGAGGACCGCUUAUGUCAAAUUCGAGGUAUAAGUCUAAAAAUGAGGCGGAGGAAGACUUGUCUGUUGUUUCUUUAAUUUCUAGUUCAGAGCAGUCAUUUUGGGUCCUAAUGAUCAUGCAAUUGUACUGUUGUUAAGCAUAUUUUUGACAUCAAUACAUUACGUAUUUUGUCUAUCUGGUUAAAUCCAUAUCCAAGUUUUAUGUUUUUCUUACAUUUAGCUGAAAUUAAAAACCCAAUCGACUUUGUUUUUAAAUUAAGACUCAUACAAUUUUUGCUGUUCUCUUUUAGGUCUUUAGGUGUUGAUGCUCUUAACCGUUUUAUUUAAAUGACUUCAUGAUAACUUACCAGCGUACAUGGCGUUGUCAGUUUAUUUUCGACUUAUGAGUUUGAAUGUCCCUUUUGUAUCUUUCGUCUCUCUUUUAAAAGGUGUUCGGAAACUUUUGUCGCAUCAUCAAAGGUUUAUUAUUAUUAUUUUUUUUUUAUUAUUAAUUUUUUAUAUAACUAGUAUUAUUAAUUCAUUGAUUUAAAUUUUAUAUAUUUAUAUAUAUUACACUUAUUGCUUAAAGACAUUCUUGAAUGAUCAUAGUUCUAAUUUUGGAUGUUUUGCAUUGUAAAACACACUUUUAUUCACCUGUAAUUGUUUUUUGGAGGUGAAUAACCCUUUCAUGCGUUUCAUUCAUUUGACAAAAAAUAACUUUCUCUUAUCACAAAAAUAUUCAAGGACAAAUUUUAAUGAUAAUUUUAAAGUAUUUGUGCCUGGAACUAGACAAACACUUUAACCUGUAAAUAUCUAUUAUAGAGCGCACCUUUUAACAGUUUAAUGCAGUUCAUAUCUGAUCAAUUUACCUGUCCCGUAAAAGGAAAAAUAUGUUUACAUUUUGAUAUUAAAAUGUUAAAGUAG